AGGGUAGGUCCUUAGACCGGAUAUGGAAGUGAUGUUAUUCAUGGAACAGCUCGCUGUUUCCACUUGGUUUCCACGCUAUGUUCGCUAAUGUCCUCUUCAAUCAGUCUAGCGCUAAAUCCAGUGCCCGGCUUCUGUGUAAAAUCAAACGUGCUGCAACCCGUCGUCGUCCCCAGAACCGCCACCAGUCAUCCUCCCAGUACGCCCUCCGAUGCGCUAGGAGUCCUCUCAAACACACCAACCACUAUUCCGAAAGGACUUAAAGUUUUCGUCAACAUAGCAUGGGACACGAAUGUACCUCCACCUCCACCUCGUAGUGAAGAUGUAAUCCAAAAAGCAAUGCGUGGUCAAGACUAUGACGGAUCAAAUUCGGAUGGAUGGUUCAUUCCAGUCGUAGUGUCAGAUCUUCGUGAUGACAAAGACAAAGCCGGUCAACCAGCCCUUGUCGUUGACUGUGUCUUCAACACAUCCAUCAAAUCUCGCCUGAAAGAAGCAAACUUCAAAGCAUUCAUCAUAGAACUUGCGCUGCAGCGUGUUGAAUCGCACACCUCACUCUUGCUUUCUCGGCAGAUCGGCACGCCCAACAUUGCCUCGAAAGGCAAACCUGUGUCGCGACAAGUGCUCGUGCCUGGACUGCUCUUUCCGCCCGGUCACCCUCACCACAAGUCCAACGCUAAGACUACUCUCAUUCAGGAACUAGCUUCUCCAACAGCUACCGCAUCGGCUCCAAGUGUCAAGGGGAUAUUCAAAAGCGCAUCGAAUACCCAGACUCCCACAUGGACGUGGACCCCGACGAAGGACCAGCGCAAAAUCCGCUUCAUGAUCAAUGUGCCCAAUCUGACUCACACCCAUAUCUCCAACUCGACACUCGAUGUAGAACCACGAAGAGUGAUGCUACACGUUCCUUCCUUAUAUGACCUGGAUAUCAACUUCGAUGUGACACCAGAUACCGAGCCUAUGGCCACGAAUCGUCGUCUUGGCGAAGGUGCCACAGAACUCAAAAGGUUGAGAGAUCUCGAUGUGGACGGUGCCAAGGCGGAGUGGAGGGUUGCUGAAAAGGCUAUAGUUCUUCUGGCUUAGCAUGGUUUAGCAGCCCAGGCGCUAUACCACCAAGCCAGGGUAACCUUGACGAAAUGAAAAGGACAGAUUCUAACAUAAGCCCGAUAACUUAUCCAUGCUCGGGUCGCAACUGCACACGAACAGCACUUCGGGUCCCGACACGAAGAUUAACGAGGUCGCGAAUUGUGCCCUAGAUAUGACAAUGAUAGGCCCUCCUUGUCUUCAUACCCACGU